AUGCGACGGUCCAUAGGCUUAUCUUCCCUGGUACUCUUUCUCUGUUGCCUGAUUCGUACCGGUAGCUUCAAACUAUUUGGAACCGUGGCCGAAGCAAGGACCUCCUCGUUGUUUCGUUUGGAGUAUCGAGGGGACUUUCAGCUGCAAGUCUCAGGUCUCUGUGGACCAGAUGAGCCAGCAGAACUUGAAGCUGUUUGUCAAGGAGAAGGACUGAUCGAUUUUGAGGCCACUUCCGACGAAAGCAUUCAAUGUGUGCAAACCAAUCGAAGCUCGAUUGAGUGUACCACGACACUCCAAGAAGUCUACAAGAGCAACAGCACCUUUGGCUCCAUCUUCUAUGCCUGUGAGGGAAACUCUUCCAAUGACCUUCAGUCGACGUUUGUCUACACAGACUCUUCUGAGCAAGACGUCUACUGCCUCGAGACAGAAGACGGAGCAGUCAACCAAAUUUGGCACCUGAGCCGGCUGAAUAUUCUCUGCGCAGAUUCUUCCAACGAUGCUGCUGCUGAGAGCAUCACAAACGGUUCCCUCUCAACGGCAGUCAAUGACGAUUACUUCUUUGAAUGCCAAGGCCAAAACGUCCACAACUUUUACCCUGACAAUAAACACCCAUCGAACGAGUUUUGGUGCACCAACGGGAAGUUGUGUGAGGGUGACUGCAAUGUCACUUUUCAACCUCUCCAAGUGCUCACCGACAUUCAUCAUGUUCCGACCGCAUGUAUCUUGCAACUGGAACCGGAGAUUUCAGGCCCUUACGAGGCAACACAACCAGCAACAAGCUCUCUACUACCGCCUCAUCACCUACAGACAGUUUAUUUCACAGUCAAUUUUGCUUGGCUAUUGAAGAGUGAUGACUUUCAAUCAGUAUCCGGAGCUACUUGUAUUGUAUCCGCACCAAGCUUCUUGUUGACGUGUGACAACGGGAUAAUUGAGUGGUUAUCAUCACCUAGCCGUGAUUCUGUCAACUGCAGAUAUAUCGAUGACUCCGUGUUGAAUUGUACGGCAAUUGAUUUGCCGACUUCACUACCGACUCUGGAGGCAUCCUACGUGAAUCAGUUCCAGUCAAUUCAGUAUUCCUGCCAAUCAAAUUAUAUCCCCACCACCGUUGCAUCCAUGAAUAAUGGAACGACCGUGUGCGCACAACCGGAUGCUGCACUUCUUGUGACCGAUAUUUAUUUCGCCCUUCAACUGGGCGUACAAUGUGCCGAAGAUACGCUGUACGAUGAUAGCGUCAUCGAGUGUGGAAUGGACACUAUAUUCUCGUUCAUGGAUUCCCAAACAAAUCCUUCUGGCAGCCCUUUCGGAUGGCUUACUUGUCUCAACCAAGGGACCACUUUGAUCCAAGAGGACGAAGAAUUGCUAGUCCAAACCAUACCAGAAGUGACCGUGUCAACCGAUUGGAGGUUUCAAACAGGACCCAAUCCUGAUUGUUUUUCCGUGGAGGAGCAACCGCUGCAAACCGAUUCUCCGACCUUCACAGACGAAUCAACAGUGGACGGCGACAUGGACGGUGAAAAUGGCGGUGCCAGCCAGUCAUAUCAAAUUGUGGAGCUGCCAGACUUUACAAUCGGGGUUCUGCAGGUGUCGCCGGACAGUCCUCAGGCGAAAGCCUACCGAUGGAUGAAGUGGCAUCCGUAUCUAGACGAACUUCCGCAAUGGCGCCGACAGCAACAAUUUGCCCUGGUGACGUUUUUUUACUCCUUUGGAGGAGACGUUCCAGGUGUUUGGUUUGACUCUGAUCUUGAAAACUAUCUAGAUUACGAUGUCCAUGAAUGUGAAUGGGGCGAGACGAGGUGGGCGCUGGUGGACAGUCAAUGCAAUGAGGAGGGUGCUUACACGCAGCUAUCGUUGGAUGGUACUGCGACCACUGACCUUCGGGGACUCGUUGGAACAAUGCCCCCAGAAAUAUCUCUCCUCUCGUCAUUGGAAGAGAUUCGAAUCUCCGGCACUGAUUUGGCCCAGACGCUAUCAGCUAUGAUUCCCAUCGAGUUGGCUGGCAUGACGUCCUUGCGAGAGUUUUCGUAUUCUGCCAACCACCUUGUCGGUAACAUACCAACGACGCUUGGAUUGUUCACUCAAUUGACUUCUCUUUUCCUGGGUUUCAACCGAUUGGGAGGUUCGGUGCCCAGUGAAAUUGGGUUACUUACCAAUCUGCUCAACUUCAACAUACAUUGCAACAAUAUUCGCGGGUCUGUAACUAUUGAGCUAUUUGGUCGACCAUGCGGUCCGGAAGCAACCACCGUUGCAGCCAACGGAAUGAAUCGAAUCUGGUGUCUUUUUUCUAAACUGUGGGCUAUGCUAUUUUGA